AUGGCGAACUUCACCUCCAAAGUCGAGAAACACGUCGACGACAUAAUCGCCAAACACGAAAAGACCCAAAAAUCUCGAGAACGGUAUACCAAGACAGCUCGAGAUGCCAAACGCAAAAUCGCGGCCUCGAAAAGCAUGAGCAUUCCAAAGUGGGAGGCGUAUUGGGAACUACUCGAUAAGUGGAAGAAGCUUGCGACUGAUAGGGAUAUUGAGCAGGAGCUGCAUCCUCUUGGAUUUGCGCCGCCUCCAUUGGAUCUACCUCCCAGACCAGUCCGGCCGGAUGACUUGGAGGAUGUGUAUGCCACACCUUCUGGUAGACCUUAG